AAACGAGCACCUCGGCCAGUGACACAUCCCCCGGCUGUAUUUUGCAUCUAAUCAUCUGUUGACUGCCCACACCCCCACCACACCAUUCGAUCAUUCCCCUGGCCAUUUUUCCCGUUGUCAUACCCCCAAAACCUCCUUUUCUAGCUGUUUUUCUCCCGCCUCAUGUCUCCACAAGACCAAAUAAACUUGGACGUAGUGGGCCGUGGUACCAUCCGCAUCGACUGCUCGGGCGCCUACAUCGCCAACGACCAGCUCGUAGCGGCGCUGGAUGAGCCGGCGUCAUCAACGUCGCCGUCACCUGAAAAUUCGGAUCCUGAAUUCGAUAAUGACCCCAACGACCCCGAAGACAUCACAGGAAUCCCCCACAACAUCACCUUACCCAAACAUAACUCGGAGGUGAUACAUAUCUCCGUCGACAUCGGUGGAACCUUGACCAAGCUCGUGUAUUUCACCCGCAGCAAGAAGAUUAAUCACCAGUUGAAAGGAGGAAAGUUGCAUUUCAAAGACUUUCAAACAGAAAACUUUUCCACCGAAGUGUUGGCAUUUAUGCUCAAGUUAAUCAAGCGAUCACUCGACAAGGAGAAGCUCCCGCCCAUCACCUACAUCAUGGCCACCGGAGGUGGUGCCCAUAAGUUCUACGCAACCAUGACCAAAAGAUUUGCCAAAAACAAACUCCCGGUGGAAAUCAUCGCCACCGACGAGAUGGAGUGUUUAAUUAAAGGGUUGGACUGGCUUAUCACCAAGAUCCCCAACGAGAUUUUCAUCUACGACUUGGAGGAUAACGAAACCAAGUUCAUCUCAUCACCAUACACCCACGACCAGCAGAUCUACCCGUACUUACUUGUGAACAUUGGCAGCGGAGUGCUGAUGAUCAAGGUGACGGGACCGGGGCCCAACGGGUUCGAGAGAAUCGGUGGGUCGUCUCUUGGAGGAGGAACUCUCUGGGGACUCUUGUCACUUUUGACGGAAGCGAAAGACUAUAACGAGAUGUUGGAGAUGGCAUCACGAGGAAACAACGAGAACAUCGACUUGUUGAUCCGAGACAUCUACGGUGGCAGCUACAACAAGAUCGGCUUGAAGUCCAACCAUAUUGCCUCUUCGUUUGCCAAGGUGUUCAAGAAGCUACGGUUUAAUAAAGAUCUCUCCACCAGUACUCCGGCCGAAAAGUUGGCUCAGUUCAAAGGGGAGGAUAUUGCCCGGUCGUUGCUUUACCUGGUGUCGAACAACAUUGGACAGAUCAGUUAUUUGCAGGCAUUGCGGUUUAAUUUGAAGAGAAUAUACUUUGGAGGCAGUUAUAUAUCGGGGCAUAAGCAGACGAUUCACACCUUGAGUUAUGCGGUGAAUUUCUGGUCCCAGGGAGAUAUGAAGAGUUACUUUUUGAGGCACGAGGGAUACUUGGGGUCGGUGGGGGCGUUCAUGAUGGGGCCUGGUCCCCGGGAGGAUGUGAACGGUACAGGCACAUCCAGAGAUAUGACAUCCAGAGACUUAACACCCACAGACCACCAUACACAUCCAGAGACUUAACACCCACAGACCACCAUGACAUUUCCACUUGCAGGACUCAUUCACUGACUUCCACACACUCGACUGUCGAUGAGACGCUCUGCUCUAUGCAAUUGCUUCAGCCAGUAUUCACUUUCCUCUUUGCAUUCAGUAUUCAUGCGCAAUCAAUAACUCCCACCCUAAUAUACACCUUAAUAUAUACCCCAACAUC